GUCUUGAAAGGCCCUAAUUUCACAGUCCUAUAUAGACAAACAGACACAUAUUCUCUCUCACUACAUAACCGAGGCACCAUAACAUAACAUAUACUGCUACUACUUCUUCUACCUAGCCUACCAUUAACCCCUCUCUCUCUCACUAAAUAUAACGCUAAAUCAUCGCUCUCCGCUCUUCCUUUUUCACCAUCUUCUCCAUAUAUAUGCGGUAGUGCAGUAGCAGAAGAAUAGGGUUUUGUGUUUGUUCAUCAAUGGCGUUGAUGCUUGACAAUUGCGAAGGAAUAUUACUAUCUCUAGACUCCCACAAAUCAGUCCCUGCUCCGUUUUUGACCAAAACGUAUCAGCUAGUUGAUGACCCCGCCACCGACCAUAUAGUCUCGUGGGGAGAAGACGACACCACCUUCGUGGUGUGGCGGCCGCCGGAGUUCGCACGUGACCUCCUCCCAAACUAUUUCAAGCACAACAACUUCUCCUCCUUCGUCCGCCAGCUCAACACUUACGGUUUUAGGAAGAUAGUGCCUGAUAGAUGGGAGUUCGCGAACGAGUUCUUCAAGAGAGGGGAGAAGCACUUGCUGUGUGAGAUCCACCGGAGAAAGACGGCUCAGCCGCCGCCGCCUCCAGCGGCGGUCGGCCACCAGAACCACUUCAACUAUCCCAUCACGAGCUCGCCGGCUUUUUUCCCGUACCCUAGCCGGCUCAGCAUUUCGCCGCCGGACUCCGAUGAGCUGCUGACAACGCCAAAUACCAAAAAUAGCAGUUGGUGUGACUCGCCCAUUUCUGUCACUUUCUCCCCCGGCAUUUCCGCCGCCGCCGCCGGAGGCGGCAGCGGCGGCUCCGUCACGGCGCUUUCCGAGGAUAACGAGCGGCUGAGGAGAAGCAAUAAUAUGUUAAUGUCGGAGUUGGCUCAUAUGAGGAAGCUUUACAAUGACAUAAUUUACUUUGUUCAGAAUCAUGUGAAGCCGGUAACUCCGAGCAACACUUACCCUUCUUCUUUUCUCCAACCACCGUCUCCCGCCGCGGCGGCGGCGGCGGCGAAUCCAAUCAUUUCUUCUUCUUCUCCGAUGGCCCAAAAGCCUCUGAGCCAACUCAUCACCUAUCAUCAUAAUCAUCAUCAACCCAUAAACCCUAAACGCCAAGGUGGCAAUCUCAUCAAUCUCACCGCCCAAACACCACAAAUCGUUGAAUUGGCGGCCGGAGAGAGUGAUCUGGGAAGAACAAAGCUGUUCGGGGUUCCUCUCCAGUCAAAGAAAAGACUCCACCCAGAGAACCAAUACCCAUCUUCCAUGGAGAUCAUGAAUUACAAAGCUCGAGUACUGGCGUUGGAAAAAGAUGACUUGGGCUUGAAUCUUAAGCCCCCAUCUUCAUGUUCGUAGGUCUUCCACUAAUCCCAUUCAAGAAAGAUCAAGUUUUUUUUUUUCUUAGUUUUAUUAAAGUUUCUCCCUUUUCUUCCAUGUUUCCCUGAUCGAGGAGUCCAAGGAAGAGUCUCUGAUGAUGAGAUGAGACGAGAUGUUUGAUUUCUUUGUGUUUGUGUGUGUAAAUAUAUUACUUUAGUAGUUGCAGUUUAUCAUCUUCUUCCCUCUUCCUAGCUAGCUGCUCCACCCAGAAAGUGCAGGCGGGUUUUUGUUCAUUAGAGCCAAAAGAACCCCAAAAAUGAAGCUUUAAAAAUCCUCAAUUUAAUCAAAGUUCAAAUCUUUUUAAACUUC